AUGCUCUUCUGCGUGAUGCCGGCCGCAGUCUCGCUCGUCUGCAAGACGCCCUCUCGUCCACUUCCGCGCCCGCUCGCCGCGGACGGCGACGGGGAGGCAUCGUUCACGUAUGACUCGGUGCAGCGGCGGCUGCCGCUCAUCGUCGAGUCCGUCAUCGACAAGAACAGCUACAGCGAGGCGCUCCAGGCGGACCUGCGCUCGCUCGCCGGCGAGAUCGCCGCGGGCGAACCGCUCAAGCCGCUGGCCGCGCCUUCAGCAGAGUGGGAGGACGCGCUGGCGCCUCUCCUCGCCGCUGGCGACACUUGGCUGUCGGCACCGUGGUUUGUUGUGGAGAACUACCUGUACAAGCGGAUGCUCGAGCUGACGGACGGACCCACCGGAGGCGCCGACCCGUUCGCGGCGCAAAAGGCGGAGUCGCUCGACGGCGCCGCCGCCGCCUUUGCUGACAUGCUCUCCGCCGGACUCACCGAGGGCGAGAUGCUCGCCGACGACACGGGCGAGCUGUGCGCGGCGCUCGAGGCGGCUGGCGGCGAGGAGGUUGUGGUGGUGCUGGACAACUGCGGGCUCGAGCUGGUGUCCGACCUGCUGCUCGUGGACGGGCUGCUGCGCUGCGCCUCGCCCCCGAGGCGCGCGAGGCCCGUCUUCGUGAGCGACGUGGUCGAGGCGGACCUGGCUCCGACCCUGGCCUGGCUCGAGGAGCAGGGCGGCGGUCCGCUCGCCGGCCGGCUGCGCGACGCGCUCGCCGACGGCCGGCUGCUUGUCGAAAGCCCCGAGUUUUACACGGGCCCGCUCCCCUUCUGGGAGAUGCCGGACGAGCUCCACGCGAGGCUCGCCGAGGCGGCGCUCGUCCUCACCAAGGGCGACGCCAACUUUCGGCGGCUGCUCGGCGACCUGCACUGGCCGCACGACACCGACUUUGCCGACCUGAUGCGCGAGUACUGGCCAACCUCGCUCGCCGCGCUCCGCACCUGCAAGAGCGGCGUGCUGGCGACGCCGAGCUGA